GGCGCGGCCGGACGGCGCGGCGGGCAGUCGGCGCGGUGGCGCAGGAUGAUGCGGCUGUGGCGCUCGGCGCUGCUGCGGGAGCUGCUGCUGCUCGGCCCGCCGGGGGCGGCCGGCGGCGGGGCCCCGGCCCCGGCACCCGCCGCCGGGACCAGGCGCCUCCAGCCGCCGUUCGCCGCUCUCGGCGCUAGCCCGCCCGCCGCCCGCCGCGGCCCGGCGGCGCUGCCGGCAGCGCGAGGUCUGUGCACCCGCUCCGAGGGUGCCUUGGAGGAGCCGGGGAAGGGGGCGCAGGCGCCGUCGCCGACUCCCGGCGAGCCCCCCGCCGACAGCGGCCACAACAAUAACCACGGCGGCGGCAGCAAAGAGAUGGCCGUAGGCGGCGGCGGGGAGAAUAAAAUAAAACAAGGUCUCCUUCCCAGCUUAGAAGAUCUGCUUUUCUAUACUAUUGCAGAAGGACAAGAAAAAAUACCAGUUCAUAAAUUCAUAACUGCACUCAAAUCUACAGGAUUACGUACGUCUGAUCCUCGAUUGAAAGAGUGCAUGGAUAUGCUGAGACUGACUCUUCAGACUACUUCAGAUGGUGUUAUGCUGGACAAGGACCUUUUUAAAAAGUGUGUACAGAGUAAUAUUGUGUUGCUUACUCAAGCUUUCAGAAGGAAGUUUGUCAUUCCAGAUUUUAUGUCGUUUACUUCCCAUAUUGAUGAGCUAUAUGAAAGUGCUAAAAAACAAUCUGGAGGAAAGGUUGCUGACUAUAUUCCACAACUGGCCAAGUUCAGCCCUGAUUUGUGGGGGGUGUCACUUUGCACCGUGGAUGGACAGAGGCAUUCUGUGGGUGAUACCAAAGUUCCAUUUUGUCUCCAGUCCUGUGUGAAACCUUUGAAAUAUGCGAUUGCUGUCAAUGAUCUUGGCACAGAGUAUGUGCACAGAUAUGUUGGUAAAGAGCCCAGUGGACUGAGAUUCAACAAAUUGUUCCUGAAUGAAGAUGACAGGCCUCAUAACCCUAUGGUGAAUGCUGGAGCAAUUGUGAUCACAUCUUUAAUCAAGCAAGGAGCAAAUAACGCAGAAAAAUUUGACUACGUGAUGCAGUUCAUGAAUAAAAUGGCUGGUAAUGAGUAUGUUGGAUUCAGUAAUGCCACGUUUCAGUCUGAAAGAGAGAGUGGAGAUAGAAACUUUGCAAUUGGCUAUUACUUGAAAGAAAAAAAGUGCUUUCCUGAAGGCACGGAUAUGGUUGCUAUACUAGACUUCUAUUUUCAGCUUUGCUCAAUAGAAGUAACAUGUGAGUCAGCAAGUGUGAUGGCAGCAACUCUGGCUAAUGGUGGCUUUUGUCCAAUCACUGGUGAGAGAGUCCUGAGCCCCGAGGCAGUCCGGAAUACCUUGAGUUUGAUGCAUUCCUGUGGCAUGUAUGACUUUUCAGGGCAGUUUGCCUUCCAUGUUGGUCUUCCUGCAAAGUCUGGAGUUGCUGGUGGGAUUCUUCUGGUUGUUCCUAAUGUCAUGGGCUUGAUGUGCUGGUCACCUCCUUUGGACAAGAUGGGCAACAGUGUUAAAGGAAUUCACUUUUGUCAUGAUCUGGUUUCUUUGUGCAAUUUCCAUAACUACGAUAAUUUGAGACACUUUGCAAAAAAGCUUGAUCCUCGCAGAGAAGGAGGUGAUCAGCGGGUGAAGUCUGUGAUAAAUCUGCUGUUUGCUGCCUACACAGGGGACGUGUCUGCACUCCGGAGGUUUGCUCUGUCAGGAAUGGAUAUGGAGCAAAGAGACUACGACUCACGGACAGCCCUGCAUGUGGCAGCUGCAGAAGGACACGUGGAUGUUGUCAAGUUUCUGCUGGAAGCAUGCAAAGUGAAUCCUUUCCCCAAAGACAGGUGGAACAACACUCCUAUGGAUGAAGCUUUACAUUUUGGACACCAUGAUGUUUUUAAAAUUCUUCAAGAGUAUCAGACCCAAUACACGCCAUCAGAGGAUAACAACGACGGGAAGGAGAACCGAACGGUUCAUAAAAAUCUGGAUGGCUUGCUAUAAUCAUCUCCAGCUAGACCCUAAGAAUCAAAUCACUUACCUAUUUAAUUGUGGUAUGCAUAAGUAAUGAAGAGCGUGUGUGUUUCUAUCUGAUAGUGGUAUAUAUUUUACAGAAGUCUCUGUUACUUCAGUGUUACGUUGCAGGAGUUUCUAUACGCACAGGACAAAUCCAAUCUCUUCAAAAGAAACAAAACCAACUAAGAAUCUCCCUCCAUAAUGUGAGCAAUAUUACCUCAUGCUGCAUAUAAUUGAUGUAUAAAAAUAUUUAGCUGUUGUUGGCUUUACUGUGCACUACUUAAUUUAUUUUUGUGUUCUAUGUGAACUCUAGUCUGUGGUCAGGAACUUUUCUGCUGAAUUUUUGUUUCUUUAGCCCUCUGUUUCUAGUAUGGCCAGGAUGAGCCAGAGUACUGUCAGGUAUGAGCGUCAGUGAGGUUUUUUGAAAGCUGAGGAUGCUGAUGUAGAUGUAGGCUGGGUGUGUUAAGUAAGGAUCUGCACUUAUCUUUGGGAAAAAAUAAAAAAAAGAAUUCCACACAACCUUGUUUACAUAAUAUAAAUAUCACAGAGUAUAUAGGUGACACUUGUCAAUGGUCUGGGCUUGUUCUUAGAGAUAGUCGUGUCAGGGAACGUGUUUUAAGGUUUGUUUGACCAAAUGGUGUAGGGGAGUGUGACGUGUAGCUGGGUAUGUAGUGGGAUUUGUGUCUUGGGAGCGUUUCUCUCAGUUCCUCUGUCUUGCCUUGCUCCUCUCUCUCCACGUUCAGCUGCUAAAGUACUUCCCUGUGGCCAGGGAAUGUGGGUGCUUCCACUCGGUGCAGGUGUUCCUUGCAGGUGUUUUUGCACUACCCUGGGGGGCUGGCAGGGGCUGCUCCCUCCUGGAGGCGGCCCCAGGAGCCAGCCAGGGCAUGGAAGUGCUUGAAAGGCAAAGAACCAAACCAAAUACAAUCUGAGCUCAUUGAGGCUUGUGGCAAGGAGCACGCAUGGAGUGAAACAGCUUUAAGGAGCGUAGAGCCAAUCCGAACAGGAGCAGAGCAGGAGAUAAGCCAGGUUUUGGGGUAUGUUCUCUCCUUGCACUGCCAUCAAACCAGGGAGCAGGAUAUUGCAUCGCUGGGAUUCCCCUGGUGUAGGACAGGAGUUUAGCACCAGGAGCACAAGUGAGUAAAUGCCUUUUGUGGUGAAUGGUGGCAUUCAUUGUCUUGCCACUGAAGCCAGCAUGGCACGUGCCCUGUCGUGGAAAAUGUGGAUGCAGGUAUUGUAGUUCACACAAGCCCAAUAUUGCCACAGCUCCCUGUCCCAGGUACAAUUGCUUCUGCCAGUAGUGUGGCACAAACCUCAGAAGUGGGCAGUCACUUCAGAUACUCACAACACACUACAGUUGUUGGACGUAGGCAAGGAUUUUAGCACAAGAGUUUUAGGCAGGAAUCAUUUAGCACAUGGAAAAGGAGAUUGUGCUUGAGAAUUGUGUAUAUGGUGGUUUUUAUCCUAGCACA